AUGACUAGUCCACGUAAAUUUGCUGAAAAAAUCGCGUUAAUACAACAGAAACAAGCAGAAGAUGAUGCAGCAUUUAAUACGAUUAUUACCGAAGUUGAAGCUGCUAAACAAAGAGCUGAUGGAGUAUCAUCAACAAAAAGAAAAUUAGAUGUACCAACACGAAAAUAUGAAAUAACAAAUGGACUGAAUCAUUCAGAUAGUAAUAAUUAUACAAAUCAAUCUUGCAAAGGAGAAAAUAAUAAUGGCUCUGAUCGAUUAUUAAUACCACCUGAUAAUCCAUCAUGGAGAAGAAUUCAUUCGGAUUCAUCACUUCCAUCUAUGAUGCCAUCAAAUUUCACUCAUUAUCAUACACAAAUUGAUAAUAACGAUCCUAAUCAACAACUUAAUUUUGGUUUGAAUGAUAUUAAAUUAGAAGCAUCUUCAUAUAAUAAUGCUCAUCAUCAUCAUCAUCAUCAACAUUUACAAGUUCAAUCAAAUCAUUAUUAUGACUUAAAUAAUAAUAAUAAUUAUUGUGAUGAUCAAGGUAAUAUGUUUUAUCUAUCAACACAACAACCUAUUGCAUCUUCAUCAUCAACUAAUAAUAAUAAUACGCAUACACAACUAGGACCACGUUUUAGUUGUGGAAAUAAUAAUUCAAAUGUUCUUAUGUUACCACCUAAUCAAAAUUCACGUAUUGGUAAUGGUGGUUCAUUACCUGAUUUACGCAAUGGAAAUGUUUACAAUAAUCAACAAUUAUCAUUUUCAACAAAUCCAUCACAACAACAACAACAACAACAUUUCUUACGUUCACCUUCUCCACACGAAAAUGGAGAUGGGGAUUUAUUUGCUCUGGGUCCACAACAACAAUUACCAUCACGUAGUGGACCAUUGAAACCAAGUCCAAGUAUUCGUCGACGUCAUAGUCCAAUUGGUGAUGGAAAACAAGGAUCACCACGUCGACAAAAUUCACCGACGCCUGAUAUAUCUUCCACUCAACAGAAUCAUUAUCGUGUUGAACCACAAAGUCCUCCAUCUAUUCCAAAUUAUUCUCCACAAAAUUCACCACAUUUAUUACCAAAUCUUGGUAAUGAACUUUCUCCAUUUUCGCCACAACAACAAUCCACAGAUAAUCAACAACCUUAUUUUACAUUACCAAAUCAUUUUGAUCAGAUUAAUUUGGAUAAUAAUUAUUAUUCUUCACAACAACAACCAUCUCCACCAUCAUCACAUCAAAAUAAUAACCAUUCACUUCCAACAACGCCAGGUGUUACAAAUGGUCUUAGACAAAGAGAUUUUUAUGCAGCAUUCAUCGAUGAUAUGUCACCAUCAUAUUGUCAUAAUCAAUCACCAGUGAAUAUAAAGACAAAUGUCAAUCAGAAAAGUCCAACUAUUCCGGAUAUUAUUCUAACUGAUCCUGACAGUUCAAAAUUAGAUUUAUCGAAAGAAUUAGCAAAUGAUUUUAUCAAUCCAUUCGAUCAUUUAAUUGAUGCAAAUGAUUUAAAUACAGAUUUCUUGCUCAAUACGGUUGAUUUAUCUGUUGAUCCGAAUAUUUGUGAUGAUGCAUUUCGUAUGGAGCAGUAA